GACUUAAGCAUUCUGUACAUGGACUUUACAUAAAACGUUUUACAAUGAAGACCUUGGUUUGUACAGUGUGCCUUUUACUGCUUUCUGUAGCACACUCACAACAAAUUAAUUGUUCUUGGGCACUAAACAAUUUUAGAAAAGCAUACUUCAAGGCCUCAUCCUGUUUCAACAACACCACCUACCUUCUAUCCAAAGAAGAUAUUUUCUAUUAUCCGAGUUUCGGCCAAGCGAUGUGUGCGCUCGCCGGAGGCUACCUGGCUGAAAUAAACACGAAACAGGAGCUGGAUUAUGUUAAAAAUUUCGUAGCAAGCCAGGGCUUUGGCUUUUGGGCCGUCAUGCUUGGCGGCACCGAUGAAGUCCAGGAAGGCAAGUGGGUCAAUCGGUACAGUGGGACCCCAGUGGUUCCUUUUUGGUACCGCACAGAGCCUGAUGAUACAAUUCACCAGCAGAACUGCCAGUGUAUGUUCAAGCCUUAUUCCUGGGAACUCGGAGACAUUGCCUGCGUUUAUAACAGCAAACAGGAUGUAGGCUUCCUCUGCGAAGUCGAGAGUGUAAACUGACUUCUUCGAUUUUCAUUUUUCUUAACUUGUAAUCAAACGUAUCUUUAAUUAAACAAUAUUCAAAGUUCUUUUAUACUAUAAACUAAAAUAUAUGUGAAAAUGUCAUAUAAUCUUAGUGCUUUUAUUACUGUAUAACAAUUAAUGCCUAGACCAGUGUUUCACACAUUUUCAACUAAUGUAUAGCCUCAUAAAUAAUUUUCCUAAUUCUGAGUAGUAAAGGUAAAAGUAAUCUUCCCCUUUCUGAGUAGCACUAGUAAAAUAGAAGGUUAUUAAUGAAAAUAAUAAAAAAAUAUAAAGUGUUAAUAAAAAUAACUGUAACAUUAUAAAUGGUAUUCAUUUGCAUCAGCGAGAAGGAGAAGCGUAGUUAAUGAGUUGCAAUGCGUACCCCUUUUAUACUCUUCUCGUAACCCUGGGGGUGCGCGUACCCCGCUUUGGGAAACCCUGAUCUAGAAUAAUGAAGCUGUUAAUGAUAAUUAAAAAGAAUUGUAGUUUCUUUAAUGUAACCAUGUUUUCAGAAUAUACCUACGAAUGAUUACUCAAUAAGUGUUACACUCAAAUGAAUGUGUCCUUUGAAAAAAAAAAUUUAAAAAAUUUAGGAGAGUGAUUUUACUAAAUGUGUAAAUUAGUCACAAUCUAAUGUGUUACUACGCCAGCACUUUCGGAGUUAAGGACUUGAGUAUAACUUAAUUUGCAUUCUAUAACCUCCUUUUGUAGAAACAGAAUAUGACUAAAAAAUUCAAAUUUCCCUUUAUUUCGCAUUAUGUAGUUCUAUGUAUUGCAUACAUUCUCUCAAACCGUCUCAGCCAUCGGCAAUCUACUGUCAGGAAUCUGUUUUCUGCCUUCUUGGUUAUAAGGAAAUGCAUUUUAUUUAGAAUGGGCGUGCAUCACUAGAUACCCAUUUAGUACGCUUUAACGUUGCGAGAGUGUGGAACUGGUUGUUAAUGGAUACCAAUGAGCCAACAUGGUAGCAAGAUCGGCCUCCUGUUGGAGUACCUAAGAACAUUGUUUAUUGCACUGGGCGGGGAUUGAACAAGAAAACCAACAUCCUUAUCAGGAUCAGGGGCGGACUGACUAUAUAGGCAUUUGGUCAAAUGACCACUGGGCCGGUACUGAAAUGGGCCGGUAGGACCACCUAAAGGUCCACAUGAAUUCCACUAAGGUACGCAUUAAAUUGUUUUAAAAAUGUAUACUAUUUUCAUAUAUAAGAGGCUAUAUAAGCGUCAUGUUAAAAACAUCUUUUGCAGACUACAGUGCAGUACUAAAUUAAUCUAACACAUUUUCAAAAAUAGUGUAAUAGAGCUAUUAGUAGGGCCUACAAACAUAGCAAUAAAAAGCGACAAACGGCCUAUAUUUCUUGUAAAGAUUUACAGCAUGCAAACAGUUAUAGACACAUUAUAAAAAAUAACAUAAUGAUUUUGAGAACUGAUAUGCCUAUAAUUGGAGGCCCAUCAUAUGAUGUGCAUAUGUAUAUAAAUGCAUGGGCGAUUCGGACAAAGAGUCCGCCCCUGGUUCAUCCCUUUCUCUCCACCUUUGUUUCUCCCAUGUGCUUGUAUGUUUCGGAGGCUUUAUUUCGGCCUUGUAAUCGGGUCAUGUGACCAGUGACAUUCAAGCCCGCAAACACAACCAACCAAAGAAAUCAUUUUAAAGGAAUUUGUAUGGUUGAGAAUAGUUUGCGUCUAGUCCUGUUCUAGGCGGAGUAAUCAAGUUAAAAGAUCAAUAGUGGUCGUUAUCUCACUAUAAUAAAUCACAAUUUUUUUCUUUUGAAAUAUACUGUAGCUAAUAGUGCCACCAUAUGUAUGUAACAUGUACGCCAGUUUAAAAAAUUAAAGGAAAAUAAAAUAAAAUAAAAUGGAGACAAACUUUGGCUAGAAAGCAGAUUUUUUAAAGCGUGUCUACCUUUUCUAUUGUACAAAUUUUGAAAAUUGAUAUCAAAACUAUGUCUAGAAACAUUAAAUUCAGCUACAACAAAACGUCGAUAUCUUAUUUGUAAAACGUGCAAAAUCUGUUUACAUUCUAUUGCAUUCAAAGGUGUUAUGUAUAUCUAUGUAUUUAUUUUAUGAAUAUGUUUUUUUUUUUUAAUUUUGUCAUUUUUUGUUGUAGAUUUGUUGGGGUUUAUUUUGUUAAAAUA